GGUGGCGAGGCACCAUCAACGGACCGUAGAAUCACAUCCAGCUCUCGUUUCGCGAACUCUCGAUUGUCGCUCAGGAUUCCUGAGGAUCAAGAUCCGUAUUCCGACGACCGCAGCGUGCAGGGAUCAUCUGAUACUUCUCCAGUUACGCCCAAACACAAGCUGCCUCUACCGCACAUUCCCCUUUCGCCAUCGAGAUAUUCCAUAGAUCUCAGUCACCACAGCCCUCAUCGUCUUACACCUUCCCCUCAAUCUCUCUUACCUUCCCCACUUCACAGUGGUCACGGUGAUCACCACUUCUCUCGAAAGCUCUUCCACCGGAAGCGGAAAGAGCGUGCAAGUAGUGAACCCUUGGAGGACUGGGAAGUCUUGGAUCCUCACCAUAGCCCUCCAAGCCCGGCUCCUGCACCAAGUUCAGGCUUCGCUGAGACGUGGCCUUAUCCCGAUGUCUUCACAGAAGAUACGCGCGUCUCAGUUGCGAAUCGACAUCCAUACCGCCCUAGCGUUCGGACUGUACCACCAGCUGAAGAGCGUCCUCAACGUCCAGCUUCCCCUCCAUUUGUUAACCGACAUAUUCGGAGGCGCACUAGUUCUAGUUUGCGUAGCGAUCACGUGAGCGCAUCGAGAGCGCUCCAGUAUCCCCAAUUCUUCGUCUUCUGCUUCCUCUUUAGCUCUUCGAGCUUGUCGUUGGCCACUGUUGGAAGGACACUUCCACAGAUUCUCAUUCAUAUGCAUCUGCCAAGACCUUCCUCUACGAUGGACCCUGAGCAACCCACUUUCCCGAGCAACCCCCACAAAUCCCCUCCCUCCUCUUCCCAGACGGACGGACGCACUGCUUCCUGUUCGUAAUGAUGAGGCUGGCGAUGUCCCCCCUGAAGCUAUGCUCCAAGACAUCUCAAUAUACAUCACCAAGGACGAAGAAUAUGCUGUUGCUCGCGGCGGAUUCGGGGAUAUCUGGAAAUGUACCUAUCACAAAGAUCAAGCACCGAUCCAAGUUCGUUUGCAGUGUUUUGUCUGACCAUCUCUCUAAAAUUGAUAAAUUUGCAGGUCGCAGUGAAAGCAUUACAUGCGUAUGCUGCCGAUCAUCAUGAUGCAGCGAAGAAGAAGAAGAAAGUCAAGGUGAGUGGCUCGACGAAGGACUGCAUCUAUUACUUAUGCCAGAGGUUGCCACUUCGCAGA